AUGUCUGCCUUUUUUGACGGAACUCUCCUGACAGUCACCAUGCAGACCUCUCUCGGUCACACACCGCAAAAUGCAUUUAGGUUUGUUGCUUAGCAUGCUAGCCAGCCAGUAGUUGUAGCUACAGUAUGUGGCUGCUUCCCCACUGUACCAACAAGUUCUAAGGCUGAUAUUAUGCUAAGGGUAUUGUGGACAGAUGCAGUGGUCAGCAUUUUUCAAGCAUAUUUACGAAAUAUUCUAGUCAGAGAAUAGAACAAUUAUACCAAUUGGAAUCACAUUUGUUAGUUUAUAGAUGUUUUGCAACUGUGAACUUUUGGUGUGUGUGUGUGUGUGUGUGUGUUUAGCCCCCAGGAGCUGUCCCAGGAGAUCAAAUCCUUCAUCAGUGGCGUGGACCAGACCCAGGGUCGUAAACUCAGCGUCCGUGAGCAUGCCCGCUGUGCCGUGCGUCUACUACGAUCUGUGCCUGCCUGUCGCGGGGCGGUGCUUGAGCACCUAAGGGGCGUGUACAACGAGCACGUAUCAGCCUUUCUUCACAAUCUGGAGACCGACGGCGAGGGCGACGGGGACUCCAACCUGGAGGAUGUCAUCACGGAGGUCCAUGGCGUCCUGGCGGAGUUCAUCAGGCUCAACCCCCGAGCCUGGGCUCCCCUUGUCUCAUCCUGGGCUGUAGAUCUGCUGGGGCAGCUGAGCUCCAAGCAUGCCGGCCGUAGGACAGCUCCCCACUCCUCCAGCCUCAACGAGCAGCUGCAGCUGUGGAUGUCCUGUGCAGCUACACGCUCCCUCAUGGAGGCCUAUACCCAGUGCCUGGCGGCCAUGAUAGCCUGGUGUCCUGACCAAUGUGUGGACGCUCUCCUGGACACCUCAGUGCAGCACUCCCCCCACUUUGACUGGGUGGUCGCCCACAUCGGAUCCUCCUUCCCGGGCACCAUCAUCAGCCGCGUCCUGGCCUGUGGUCUUAAAGACUUCUGCUCCCACGGAACGGCUGACAAGCGUCAGGGAGACAAGAGCAGCCGAGUGCCUAAGAUAGGCUCUGUGGUGGGGAUCCUUGGCCACCUGGCGGCGCGGCACUCUGACAGCAUCCGGCGGGAGCUGCUGAGGAUGUUCCAGGAGAGCCUCAGCCCCCUGACUAUACCCCCCAGCUCUGGGUCCACCUCCUGGGAGCACUCAGCCCAGCUCCGCGGAGGCGCAGUGCCCUUCCUCCUCCAGCUGGCGGCGCUGUCUCCCUCUCUGCUGGGCGCCGUGUCUGCUGAGCUGGUGGAGUCUCUACAGCCUCCAGUCUUGCUCCAGCUCCAGGCUGUUCUACAGGGGCUUCCCAGGGACGAGCUGGACAACAUGCUGGGGCUGGCCGUUCACCUCAUCGCCCAGAGCCAUGCUGGAGGGGCACGCGUCCUCCGCUUCCUCGCCGACACAGCCACCCCCGCCUCCGUCAUCAUCUCAGGCCCAACGCCUUCCCCCCACGAGGGGGUCCGGGAGGCCUGCGACUGCAUCCUCCAGAUGCUCCUGCUGCACCUCCACAAACUGGUCUACACCCGCUCAGAGGGGGACGACGGCUACUACAGCCGCCCCCACUCUCCCUCCUGCAAGGCCCCCCGUGUGGUCCCCUUCCUGGAGGAGCUGCAGUCCCACGUGGGAGAGCUGUGUGCUGAGACAUUGAGGCUGGAGAGGAAGCGCCAUCUCUGGCUACACCAGCUGCUGUGUCUGCUGUCUGUGUACGGCGGCCCCAGCGUGGCCACGGAGGCCCUCUGUCAGCUGCUCACCCUGGCCCGGAACCCAGAUGAGCUGACCCUGGCCUGUAUAGGUAUUAUUCCUCCUUUCACCUCCUGUGUGCGUUCAGCUCUGCACCUCUGGUGGGCUGAACUACACUCAGUGUGGUGAGCCUGGGCGCGUUCAGAAAAAAGUGGGGGCGCCGAUACACUGGGCACCUUCGUGACCGUGGUAAUCGGGCCCUUCUUGAACGCAGCAUGGGUCUGGGUCGUACUAACAGAGACCUUAGUCUGUGAUAGUGCGCCAUCCCCAAUGUGGUUAUUAUCAGCGCGUUCUGAGAGAAACGGGGGCGCCGAUACGUUGGUUACGCCCGUAACCGUAGUAAUCAGGCCCUCCGUGAACGCAGCACGGGUCUGAACUGCACUGACUGAGGCGUUAGCCUGAGACAGAGCGCCGUCCCGAAUAGCGGUCGCGUCAUCAUGCCAUUAUCUGGCUGAGACUGCAGCCUGCUAUGUGAGACACUCACUACAGCACUCCUAGGAGUCUGUAAAGUGAGGUCUUUAUAAGGUACACUUAAUACCUUUUAUAUACCUGCCUUAUGUGUGCAUUCAGCAACGCACCAUGGUGGGCUGAGCUGCACUCAUAGUGGUAAGAGAGAGAGCGAGAGUGAGGAAGGUCGAACGCUCUCGGAUGUAUUAUGGAAAAAGGGGCUCUUUUUUGACAGUGUCAAGUAGAGCCAACUCUUUAUUACACACAUCAACAAAAAACAUUAUCCUCCAUACACUCAACUGUAGAGUGGGGGGGGGACAGGGGGCUCGGUCACAGCAGGCGCUGUGCCGUCUUCCGUUCUCUCGCCUGUCAUAAACGGCGUCUCUUCUGGCCGCCCUUCGGGUGAUGCCAGGAUGACGCUUUAAUGACCUCUCUCGCCGGCACCUCUGGCGCUGCAGGGGGGGGCGAGGCCCGCUCCCUUGCUGCUGGAGGCCGCCGUCUGACGCCAAGCUGUAGCGAGAGUAACGGCCGCCCUUCCUCAUAUCCACUUCCGGGUUGGAGGGAAUGGGGGGCAGCUUAAUCUCCCGCUAUUUAGCAGCCCACUCAAUGAGACCUGAGAAUUCAGGCACAGAGAGGCUGUGGCGUCAUCAUCCAGGGAUGUAAUGACCUCACAAUUUCCCGAAGGAAAAGGGGUGUUAAACAUCUGGGUCAGUGUAAUGAAUUGUUCCAAUAGAAUAUUCAUUUCUUCCCCAAUAGCCCUGUCAUCUCCUGAGUCAGCGCCUUCAGAUGAUGCCUCAGAAGCUGAGGCUAACACUGAUAGCACAUCCUCAGGAGGAAUAUCCUCCCUAAAAAUGCCCAACGCUGCUUCCACUCCUUCAAAAAAGGAGGGCGCAGCUGGCGCAUAGUGGGGGAUUAAUGAAGCUGUCCCUGGCGUGCUGUGUCCCUCAACCCACAAAACAUAUGUCGGGGGGGUUGACAGCCGCCAAGGGGAACAGCGACAUUGAGCUCUGAAAAGAGCUUUUGUUAAAUACUUACCCUAUGGAUAAGCUUGGUGUGCUCAUUGUAGGACGACGUCGAUGAUAUGGAAAAUCGACGGUGUUUUCUUCGUCCUGAGUCUUCUCUUCGUCUCUUCUUGGCUUCUUCAGUCUAGUCCAGUCGCUGAAGAUAAAGGGAGGCUGAGUGAGGGGAGGCAUCCCCUCUUAUAGGGACACCUGUACUCCUAUUGGCUGUAGGUGUGUGCAUAAUUUUGUCUCAGGCUGCUGCUGCCUUAGGGCAGAGGGUAAACCAUUAGGAGCAGAGCUCCCCUAUGGGGCGGAGCUCCACGAUAUAGAACAGUAAUUAUGAUAAUUCAGCUCUAACCCAGACACAUGGCUCCUAUUCAACCCUUAUGGAAUUAUUCUGGUACUCAGCCUUUGUACUUUUCCACUGCCCAAAUACAAUGCACAUAGAUCAUUCCAACUGACCCAUAAAGCGAUAAUUACUACUGCUAGACUAAUUAUACAAUUAUAAACAGAUUCAAACGGGCUCAAGUCAAAUAGUCUCUAACAAUAUAUAAUAAAUUGUGUAUAUGCUGAAUGUUUAUUUUACAUAUACGCAUAAAUGGUUUAUGAAAGUUUUAGAUGAGCUGUCGGUGCAGAAAUAAGACAGUCUCCAUGAAUGGGUCUGUAUUCUGUAUGUUACUGACCUACCAAACGGCAUAUGGCACCUCCCUGAAGGGUAAUGCUGGGACACGUUCAGCAAGGCACAACGUUGUGGAACAGAUAGAAAUAUGUUAUGUAGAACAAACAUGCCUCUCGCAUAGAAUAAGGAAUCAUGUCAGGUCUAUUCAUUAUAUUUCUAUCUUCAAUGUUCCACAACGUUUGCCUACGGAAAGUGGCCCUGGUCUCUGUUGAUUAACUACGCAGAUGAAUAAUAUAGACCUGGCUAGAUCCCCUCUGAGCCAAUCACUUAUUAUUAGUAGUGGUGGUGGGAUGACUGGCCUGAAUCCUUCAUAUUCAGCAUGGACAGUGUUAUCAUGCAAUUUUACUCCUGUAUAUUUAUGGAGUCACUUAGCUAUUUAAAAUCUAAUCAUAAAGUGCAAGAUCAUUCGGACCAUCAACUUUCUUGUUAGAUUGGUAGUGUUGGGUGGGUCAAGGGAAGGUUCUGUUUAUGUCUUUAUUUGAUGGCAGCACUAUUUACUGGUGUUGUGUGGUCAGAUGAGCUGUGCUCUGUGAUUUUUAAAUAUGUUGUGGGUGGGGAGGGAAGUCCAUAUGGGAGGAAGAUGGUAAAAUCAGAUGCAUUGUUUUAUAAAGAUGGAAUCUUGUGUAACGUGAACAAUUCCAAAAUAAAACCAUUACAAUAAAAUACAGUGUGUUUUAGGUGAAAGGGUGUGCAUUGUUUUACAAAUAUAUUCAGAACAAUUUCUACUUCUGCCAAGUAUCAACAUCCAAAUCCACUGAAAUUCCUUUUACUUGCAGUGGGAGCACAGAGGUGUUUAUUUUGUUUACUAAGACAAGUAUAAGUUCAUCAGAGACCAAACAAUGUUUAUAAAAACAUUUACAUACUUAAAACAGAGGAUGUCAAGACUAAAUCAGCUAAGCUAAAAUGCUACUAAGGUUCAGUUUAUUAUCAAUAUACUUCAUAAACAAACUCUUCAAAACUCAUGUGCAAGGUCAAGUUUUGAAAGAUCAAACACCAGUUAAGAUUACAAAUCUUUUCAAUCCAACAUUUAAAAAAUUAAAGAUUUUGUUUUUAAUGCUGUCAGUCAUUACAAAGCGAUAUAAGCAGCAUUAGAUGUAGUUGUGUGGGUCCUAGAGCCAAUUGACUUCAUGAUAGAAAUAUUAGAACUUCAGUUUAAUAUCAUUUUAUCCCAUUAUAAAGAGAUCUUAGUCUACAUAAAUAUGUUAAAACUUUAGUAGGGAAACUUCAUAGCUUCUAAGUAAGUGACAACAUAUUUUAAGUCAGCUAGCUUAGUCUAGCAGCCUACAAGGCUAUGGCACCUUCAAGGCUGUAUACCUUGGAAUUAUAACGAGACACUUUUCCUCGUUUCCUACGUGCUUUCAAUUCAUGUCUGUGUAACUGUGAAAGUUUUAAAAAAAUAUGUACGGAAAUACUCAACCCUCCCUUCGGAAAAACCCAGAAUUACACAAGUGACGAGGGCAGUAGUACUGUAGUUAAAUAAUUCAUCUAUAUUAGGCUUAGUGGUGAUUGGCUGUUCAGGAAGCUAUCAUACAGGUUGUCACAUAUAUUCUUCCUUUUCUUCUUCAUUCUUCUUUUUGCUUCCACCGCCAAAGAUGGCCGCCGCGAUACCUGCCAAAGCAAAUACUCCGAAGCCCACCAUUGCCAUUCCCACAGCCUGCCGAACCUGGGCAGAAAAAUACAAACAUUAAUUUGAAUGACUCGAAUGAAUGACUGAUUCAGAAACAGUAUCACAGCAUAGAUGCAUUGAAUGUAUAACAACAAGUACACCAGUUACUCUACACCCACGUAUGGCUCACAAGAUUACUCUACGCUGAGCACAGUACAACUAGCAUUGAGCACCAGUCCACUGUACCUACCUGUCGAGACUCAGCCUUCCCAUAUCUCAGAUCUGUGACAAAGUGCUCACAGUUCCCCUUGAUGACACAGUAGGACAGCUCCUGGUCCACAUAAGCCGUGGCAUCCCUCAGAAUCUCACGGAUGGGUCUGACCUAUAAUAAUAAUAAUAAUAAUAAUAAUAAUAUAAUACAUGCCAUUUAGCAGACGCUUUUAUCCUAAGCGAACUUGCAUGCAUACAUUUUUAUUAGGGUGGCCCCAGCGGGAAUCGAAAACACUAUCCUGGCAUUGCAAGCACCAUGCUCUAUCAAUUGAGCCACACAGGAUCACACAGACUGCGUCCCAAAUGCACCUUAUUCUCUAUAUAGUUCACUACUUUUGACCAGAGCCCCAUGGGGUGUCAUUUGGAACGCAGCCAUACUGUACUUACUGGUACUGACCUUGUACUUCUGAUCCAGCUGGUUGUUGACACGCCACUCAUCAUGCCCCACCACGUCCCAGAUCUCUUCCUUCUUCACCUGAGCCUUGUCACUGAGCACAGACAUCAUGCUGUUGGCCCUGGCCCCUGGUGCCUCGGCUGGGGAGCAAAGAGACAUGGGAGGGGGGUGGACAGACAAGACAUCAUCAGUGCCAAAAUUGAGUUUUUUAUAACUCAUAUUGUAUGUACUCUAUAUAGGCCACUGUAUAUCAAUUGUUGAGUGCACUAUAUCAAGAUUAUUACUCACAGGGUGGGGCCAGGUGAAUGACAAAACCGUCACCAACGUACAACGCCCAGUGCUGGUAUGUCCCUCUGAAUAUCUCUAUCAGAUCCCCUGGCUCCGGCUUCUCAUCGUACUGUCAAAGGAAAAAAUAAUACAACCAUUAAGUAUGAUUUAGCAAUGUGUGUAUUGCCAUGGUUACAAAUACAGGGGUGUUGCUAGACACCCUCUUGUUGAAGUAUGCAACUGCCACAUAUGCAGUUCUGAAAGGGAAUGUGCUCAGAUCAGGGAACAAAACUAUCAAAAGUUAUUCAGUCAUAACUCAUGCAAACUCAGCCUUUUACAAACAAUAUUUAAAUAUUUCCAAAACAAACAGGUAGACUACAUAGAUACUGUGGACACAAUCAACAUUAGGACUGGACUUUACUUACCAAUGUUGGAGCCAUGGUUACUGUUAUUUCCUUUACACAGCUUUGAUCUCAACCCUGUAAAGUCAAAACAAAACCUAUGGGUUAUAUUUAGGGGGCCUGUUUUCAUAAGACAUGAGCUCACAAAAUAUUAGGCAAUCUAUUGACAAAUAAAUUAGACACUGAUGUCAUUUCACUGUGUUUUGGUGUCUAUAAAAAAACACGAAUUGUGCAACGAAAUAGAUAGCUAGCUAGAUAAGUUAACUGACCACAGAAGGCACACAACAGAGACAGCGUUUGCGUGCUGUUGGUUAUCUUCCUCACACAAGUAUUUCUGUCCAGAUAAUAAUUUAAAUAAAUUUAAAUUCUUAUAACUUACAGUAAAUUCGGUGUCGUGGCCUUGAUGUUGCUUGCUUUCACUUCGAACACAGAAGUCAGAAGCAGAAGUCAACGAUCAGCUGACUCGAAAAUAAAGCUAACAAAUCCGAGAGGCGUGUCUGCUGGAAGCGUGCGUGCUGACGUUAGUUUCGAAGUACUCUGUCAGGCCAGUAGAUGGCAGUAAAUAUGUAUUUUUCCGCAUUACCACUUGGAAGACGUAAUAGAAGAAGAAAAUAAAUACUUCCGGUUUUGGAGCGCCCUUUUGAUAUUUUUCCUGAACAUUACUUUAAAAAGAUAAUCAUAUUUCAGGUGUAGGGUUGAUUAUUCGUAGCUUGUUACUAGGGGAGAGUUGUUAAUGUUCUAUUUUCAGUUUGGGAAGUUGAACUAUGUCUGCCUUUUUUGACGGAACUCUCCUGACAGUCACCAUGCAGACCUCUCUCGGUCACACACCGCAAAAUGCAUUUAGGUUUGUUGCUUAGCAUGCUAGCCAGCCAGUAGUUGUAGCUACAGUAUGUGGCUGCUUCCCCACUGUACCAACAAGUUCUAAGGCUGAUAUUAUGCUAAGGGUAUUGUGGACAGAUGCAGUGGUCAGCAUUUUUCAAGCAUAUUUACGAAAUAUUCUAGUCAGAGAAUAGAACAAUUAUACCAAUUGGAAUCACAUUUGUUAGUUUAUAGAUGUUUUGCAACUGUGUGAACUUUUGGUGUGUGUGUGUGUGUGUGUGUGUGUGUGUGUGUUUAGCCCCCAGGAGCUGUCCCAGGAGAUCAAAUCCUUCAUCAGUGGCGUGGACCAGACCCAGGGUCGUAAACUCAGCGUCCGUGAGCAUGCCCGCUGUGCCGUGCGUCUACUACGAUCUGUGCCUGCCUGUCGCGGGGCGGUGCUUGAGCACCUAAGGGGCGUGUACAACGAGCACGUAUCAGCCUUUCUUCACAAUCUGGAGACCGACGGCGAGGGCGACGGGGACUCCAACCUGGAGGAUAUCAUCACGGAGGUCCAUGGCGUCCUGGCGGAGUUCAUCAGGCUCAACCCCCGAGCCUGGGCUCCCCUUGUCUCAACCUGGGCUGUAGAUCUGCUGGGGCAGCUGAGCUCCAAGCAUGCCGGCCGUAGGACAGCUCCCCACUCCUCCAGCCUCAACGAGCAGCUGCAGCUGUGGAUGUCCUGUGCAGCUACACGCUCCCUCAUGGAGGCCUAUACCCAGUGCCUGGCGGCCAUGAUAGCCUGGUGUCCUGACCAAUGUGUGGAUGCUCUCCUGGACACCUCAGUGCAGCACUCCCCCCACUUUGACUGGGUGGUCGCCCACAUCGGAUCCUCCUUCCCGGGCACCAUCAUCAGCCGCGUCCUGGCCUGUGGUCUUAAAGACUUCUGCUCCCACGGAACGGCUGACAAGCGUCAGGGAGACAAGAGCAGCCGAGUGCCUAAGAUAGGCUCUGUGGUGGGGAUCCUUGGCCACCUGGCGGCGCGGCACUCUGACAGCAUCCGGCGGGAGCUGCUGAGGAUGUUCCAGGAGAGCCUCAGCCCCCUGACUAUACCCCCCAGCUCUGGGUCCACCUCCUGGGAGCACUCAGCCCAGCUCCGCGGAGGCGCAGUGCCCUUCCUCCUCCAGCUGGCGGCGCUGUCUCCCUCUCUGCUGGGCGCCGUGUCUGCUGAGCUGGUGGAGUCUCUACGGCCUCCAGUCUUGCUCCAGCUCCAGGCUGUUCUACAGGGGCUUCCCAGGGAAGAGCUGGACAACAUGCUGGGGCUGGCCGUUCACCUCAUCGCCCAGAGCCAUGCUGGAGGGGCACGCGUCCUCCGCUUCCUCGCCGACACGGCCACCCCCGCCUCCGUCAUCAUCUCAGGCCCAACGCCUUCCCCCCACGAGGGGGUCCGGGAGGCCUGCGACCGCAUCCUCCAGAUGCUCCUGCUGCACCUCCACAAACUGGUCUACACCCGCUCAGAGGGGGACGACGGCUACUACAGCCGCCCCCACUCUCCCUCCUCCAAGGCCCCCCGUGUGGUCCCCUUCCUGGAGGAGCUGCAGUCCCACGUGGGAGAGCUGUGUGCCGAGACAUUGAGGCUGGAGAGGAAGCGCCAUCUCUGGCUGCACCAGCUGCUGUGUCUGCUGUCUGUGUACGGGGGCCCCAGCGUGGCCACGGAGGCCCUCUGUCAGCUGCUCACCCUGGCCCGGAACCCAGAUGAGCUGACCCUGGCCUGGCAGCUCCACACCCCGCUGUCCGCCUGCCUGCCAGGCCUCAUCCCUGCCGCAGUGACCCGCUGCGUGGCCCAGAUCCACACACACACACUGGGACCCAAGCAGCUCUGCCAGCUCCUCCUCAACCUGGCCUCCGCCGUGCAGAGUGUACAGGAGGAGGAGAGGAGGGGUCCAGGAGGAGGCAUGGGAGGAGGAGGAGGUGCGAGACCUCAGUCCUCCAUGGCAAUGCAGGUUGGAGCAGCAGUCUCGGGACACCUCCAUGACUUCUGCCCUCUGCUCCUCCAUGGUGACCCGGCGGUAUCCCACGCUGCCGUGCGGCUCCUGUCCCGCAGCCUCCUCCCCCGUGCCGCCCUGCCUUCCCACCUGCUGCUCGUCUGUCGGGCCGCCGUCACACACUUCUUCCUGGCGCUGCGGAGGAGAGGAGAGGCAGGGAAGGGGAGAGACGGAGGGCAGGGAGGAGAGGCGGUGAACUGUUCCGUGCUCCUCCUGUCCCAUCUGGCAGGUUACUCCUCUCUAACCCUCAAAUGUGUCCUGCAGCAGCUGGUGGAGGGAACUCUACAUAAAGGAAAUGCUGACCUGUUUGGAGGGCAGAGCGAGGACAUUGGAGGGGACACCCCCAUCUCCCCGUCCUUGACCCCUGACCGGGGGGGCUCCCUGCUGGACAUCAACUGCAGGUUCGGCACCACGGUCAACUUCUCUGGUAGUGUGUGGUCUGUGUUCCAUGCUGGGGUGAUAGGGAAGGGUCUGAAGCAGCGCAGCGUUAGGCCUCACCCCGACCCCGCCAGUGUCAUACAGAACGUCCAGACUCUGCUGGCUGUUGCCGUCCAGUGCUGCAGCGCGCCAUCUGGCAAUGGCGGCAACGGUGGUGGUGCCCCAAAACACCAGCCCUCCGUCGUUCCCGACGAGCCGCCGCCCAUCAACGCUGAGGCGGCCAAAAUGAUGGCGGUGACGCUGGUGGAUUAUAUCUGCCCCGACGUGGCCAACGGGGAGCUGUCAUGGCCACCAGAGGAACACGCCCGCACCACUGUAGAACGCGACAUACACAUACGCCGCUGCUUUGAGGCCCACCCUGUCCUCUUCCCGUUACUCCAUAUUGUGGCUUCCGGGCGUCCUGCUCUCUGUUACUGUUCUGCGGUGCUCCGGGGCCUGCUGGCCACUCUGCUAGCCCACUGGGAGGCUUCGAGGGAGCCUUUGGCGGUGGACUCCCCCUGGCACCUCCAGGCCUCCUGCAUGCUGGUGUCCUGUAUGGGCGAGGGCCAGCUGCUGCCCCCCGUACUGGGCAACGUCCACGAGGCCUUCCCCUACCUGACGCCCUUCGAGGUGAGGCUUCUCCUCCUGGCUGUGUGGGAGUACGUGAGGGGCAACGGCCCCAUGCCACAGAAGUUUGUCUUCAGUGCUGAGAAGGGCCUGUUCUGCCGGGAUUUCGCACGGGACGGGGACGUGGCGAGAUACGUAGCGCCCAUCCACAGUGUCUUGCAUAAGAACAUUGACCGGCUGGGGCACCUUUGCUGGCGUUUUCAGCUCUGA